GGCCCAACCCUGGCUCGAGCGUUAACGUUGUAGCAGUUGUUGAAAGCGUUAAACAACAUGGCAGUCGCUACAGACAAGUUUCCUGUGUUGGUUAUCGCCUUUGGGUUGUUCUCCCACCACGUCUCAGUGGUUGUUUCCUCCCAGUGUGUAGAUGGAACCUACGAGCAUGACGGGAGGGAUUGCUGUCUGUGUCCUCCUGGUCAGCACCUGGUGGAGCACUGCACUACAAAUCUAGAAGUUGGAAAAUGCGAUCCUUGUGAUCCUGGGACGUACAGCAGUCACCCUACUGCCGAGAUGUCCUGCGAUCUCUGCACAUCCUGCUCACAACCCAGUGAAAACCUAGAGGAGGACGAACCCUGCACCGUUGCCCAGGACAGGAAGUGUCGAUGUCAAAAGGAUCACUAUUGCGUCAGUAGCACAGACAUUUGUAGACUGUGCCACCGUUGUAAGCAAUGUGGCACUGAGGGCAUCAAAGUACCCUGUGCAGGCCACAAUGACACAGUCUGCAAUGACAAAAUUGAAGGCGGUGUUUCAGGAGGGAAGAUAACCGGCAUAGUCUUUGCUGUAAUUGUAAUAAUUGCCAUAGGAGGAUUAGCUGUGUUUUUUUUUAAAAAGAGGAGGAGACAACAGCCACAAGCAGAGCUGACAAAUGGAAAUGCGACUGAUGUGGAGAGGCAGAAUCUUAGAGUUUCAGAUGUGGAUCUCCAGCCUCUACUGCCUGACAUUGCCGAAGUGAUUGGAUGGAAGGAUAUGCAGGAUGUAGCAAUGCGUAGCGGGAUGCUAAAUGCUACUAUUGAUGCAUGUAAACUGGACCACCCCGGUGAUAGCCAGGAGCAGACACUCCAACUGCUAAGGAUCUGGCAGGAGAGUCAGGGCAGGGAGGCAGGGUUGAACUUGAUCGAAAGCCUAGGCAAAAGUGGCAAAAAGAGCAAAGCGGGCCAGGUGAGGGAUAUAUUGCUUCGUGGCAGUUAGAUGAAAUCUUCCUGCUUGAAUGUAUUUAUUGUGCACUUUUUAAAAUCUUUGCAGUACUGUAUUAUUUUAAAAAGUAUCCGUUGAGAUGUUUACAUGAAUGGUAAAUACUGACCAAAGAUUUUUUUGAUUUUUGCAAAAGCAGAGUUUAAGGUUAGAUUUUCGAGGAGACAGCUGUGAUCUGCAUUUGUGUUACAGAUGAAUGACGUGAGGAUUCACAAGUAUCUGCUUCUCAGUUCAAUAAAUAAUGGAUUGAGAUUUUCUGCCAUCCGAUCAAAUGUGUGUAUGUGUAUGUGCCACGAAUGAGUGAUGAACAAUUUCAUUAAAUCUCAAUAAAUCCACAGUUUGUGAAA